GGACGCGACGCAUUUUGGAGAUGCUGGAGUCGCUCUUGGCUCUUGGUGGGCUGGUGCUGCUGCGGGGUGAGGGUCACAGGCACAGGGCCUUAGGAGCAGGGCCCAAGGGGCGGAAGUGGAGAGGAAGGGCCGUGGACUCCGUGGAGUGGGAGGGGCGCAGCCUCUUGAAGGCGCUUAUCAAGAAAUCUGCACUGUGUGGGGAGCAAGUCCACAUCCUGGGCUGUGAAGUGAGCGAAGAAGAGUUUCGUGAAGGGUUUGACUCCAAUAUCAACAGCCGGCUCGUUUACCAUGACCUCUUUAGAGACCCUCUCAACUGGUCAAAGACUGGGGAAGCCCUUCCUGGGGGUCCCCUGGAAGUCUUGAGGGCCCUGAGCAGGAGGACAGAUCCUGGCCCUGUCACCAUUGCUCUCGAUUCCCUCAGCUGGCUGCUGCUUCACCUUCCCUGCACCACACUCUGCCAGACUCUGCACACUCUGAGCCAUCAGGACUCCUGCCGUGGUGACAGCUCCCCAGGAGAGCAGGUGCAUGUGCUGGGCCUGCUGCAUGAAGAGCUUCACGGCCCAGGCCCCUUGGGAGCACUGAGCAGCCUUGCUCAGACCGAGGUGACCCUGAGUGGUGCGAUGGGCCAGGCCUCAGCCCACAUCCUCUGUCGGAGGCCCCAACAGCGUCCGACCCACCAGACUCAGUGGUUCUCUGUCCUUCCUGACUUCAGCCUGGAGCUCCAAGGGGGGCCGCCUCAAGAAUCCCAGGCUUACCCAGAUCCUCAUACUCCCUCGAUGGACCCCACGACUCAUUUGACUUUUAACCUUCGCCUGUCCAAGAAAGAGAGAGAAGCCAAAGAUAGCCUGACCCUGCCCUUCCAGUUCAGCUCGGAAAAACAGCAGGCUCUACUGUGCCCUGGGCUGGGCCAGGCUACCAGCCACAUUUUCUAUGAGCCAGAUGCUUACGAUGACCUGGACCAAGAAGACCCAGAUGAUGACCUAGAUGUUUAACUGGCCAGGAGAUGUGACUAGACUGUAAUUGGAGGAAGAGAGACACCUUGGGCCCAUAACCAUCCUUCCAUUGUUUGCGUUGGCCUUAGCCUGUCUCUGCCCCAUCUUUGUUCCCUGUGUCGGUGGAGGCCCUGCCCUGUGACCCAUGAGCCAGGGAGCAGCUUCCAGUGAGGAGAGAAAGUGGAAUGGGGGCAUAACGGAAGGUGACACCACCCCCCCACAAGCCUAAUAAAAUCUUAAUUUUUAAAUUAAAAACAAAA